AUGGACCAACUCGCGCAAGACCUUGAGAUGUCGGACGAUUCAUCCUCGUCGUCAACCGUCAGCAUUGAGAUGCACGACGCAGCUUUGGUGGAAGAAAUGAACGUAAGUAGAGUGUCUUGUGAAAGUGUUCAUCCUGACCCGGGUGAAACGGUUCUAAAAGCAUUUAAAAAUAUGUCGAAGCCAAAGCCAAGCCAGAGCACGUCGUCAUGCUCCAGCAGCCAGGGCUCUGGAUCCUCCAGCGGCUCGGACUCCACACCAACUCUACUGUGGCUGAAUGAGAGCCCUCCUGAGUCAGAGUGCGCCCUCGUGGUCCCCGCGCCCUCUUCUGGAUCCUCCAGCUCCUCCGGUGCGUCCAGCCCCAACCCCGCUCUCCCCUGCCCCACCAACUCAGGAGCUUCCAUCUCCUUGAACCCGGACACGGACCUGGACCGCCGCAGUAACUUUCUAUUCCGAUGGUUUCGUGGACACACAAUUUGCAAGGAAUGUGUGCAGAAUCCUGCCUUGGGAAGGAAGUGCCCAACUUGCAGGAAGGCAUUUAAGAUACGACGACUUGAGGACCUCCCCGACAGCUUCCUAACGAUCCGGCUGUUGGAAGACGAGGACGCCCCACCAUGCAAGAAGCUUAAGAUCGAGGACCCAGAGCUGCAGCAGCUGCAGCGGGGCGCGGACGCGGGGAGGAAGGUGGUGGAGAUGCUGCGGCUGGUGGUGCCUCUAGCGGUCGAGUCGCUGAACCGCCAGCUGGAGUCGUCGGUCGCUCAGCUUGGCCAGGUGGAGGAGGCCCUGGAGAGGCGGGUGCAGCGGGAGGCGGCCGGCGAUGUGGGCACCACGUCGGACGCCGUGGAGGAGCCGCUGCAGCUGGCCGAGCAGCUGGAGGCCAGCCACCGCCUGCUCACCUCCACCAAGUGCACCGUCGCUGCCGAAGAGGAGGGUGGCUCGUCCUGGACGGGCUCUGUGCAGCCCGGCGGGUGCGGCGACAUCCUGCGCGUCCUGUUGGCUAAAGUGGGGGCGAAGUAGAGAGA